UCUGGAAAGCCCUAGAGUUAGAGGAGCGAUGUUUGGGGGCGAUGUGUUCUUCAUGGAUCGCGCGGAGAAGCCGCGGAUCACCGGGCGGACGGAGAUUCGCAGCCCCUACCAUUCUUUCUUUGGAUCGCGCUACCUCGAGCAAAUUUUGGAGUCCAGCGGGAGCUCGAUCGAUGGGCUCCAGUUCUCCAAUUUGAUGUCGCGGUCGCUGCUCAGGGAUAUGAUCGAGCUGGCUCAUCGGCACGGGAUUUAUGUGAGCUCCGGUGGAUGGGGCGAAGAUGUUCUUGGGGGCGGCCGGAAAUCUUUCAAGCAGUACGUCCAGGACUGCAAAGACCUUGGCUUCGAUAUGAUCGAAUUUGAUGUUCUGUGUGACAAGAUCGCCAAGGACGACUUUCUCUACCUGACUCGCAUGAUCAAGAACGAGGGUCUCAAAGCCAAGCCUGGACUUUUCCUCUUCGAAGAAGAUGCCAAAACUAUCAUCGAAACCGCCGAGAACUUCAUUGGAGCUGGUGCGGAUGUUAUACGGCUCGAGUCCGAUCUAGACAUCCUCACCACUGACGUAAUCGCCAAGCUGAUCGAGCGAGUGGGAUUGGACAGACUCAUCUUUCAAGCCAGGGAGCCCAAGGUGUUCGAGUGGUUCAUCACAAACUACGGUCGACAGGUGAAUCUGUUCGUGGAUCACUCGCACGUUCCUCAGCUGGAAUGCCUUCGCGCGGGAAAGGGCCGUCGCCCACGUCCUCUUUUCGCUCCUCUGUUAUAAUAUUUACGAAUACUAGUUGAAACAAAGAGAUUAAAAAGAUGUGUUAUCGGGA